GCGCAGCUCCAAGUUGGCAGGGGGGGGGAAAGAUAAAAAAUUCAAUAAAAGAUUAAACCAAAACAUUAUUCCCACCGAUUGCUAAUGAAAACUCAGAGUUUUUCGCGCGGCAUCGGGGCGAUUGCGUUGAUCGUAACGCUCUGGGGGGGGGGCUCUCUUCAACCUGUACUUAGGGGAAGAAGAUGGAGCAGGCGGAAGGUGAGGGCGGAGAAGGAUGAUCCCUAAAAGCAGUUUUAGGCGAUGCGAACGUCCUCAACAGCAGAAACCACGGAAUGCCCCACGGCUCAUGUCGGAACAGGCGAGGAGAUAAAUGAGACAGGAUGUCUUCUCUUUCGGUCGUCCUUUGGUCUUCUUGUGGUUUUCUUUUUGCUCAUUCCUGUGGUGUUGCUUGCCUAUCUUACUCUGCUGCAGUCCAACGAUAUCGUUCUACUCAAUCUCUCUCCUCUCUUCUCUUCAAAAGGGCUUCUUAUUGCUCUAUAAAUAAUUCAAAAUGACACAGCCGUCGACUAUCACACAAAGAUUCCUCAGCAAGCCCAACCAGCUGGGCGUGGUGGCUGUUGGGUUCAAUGGAGGGCAGUGCAAAUUAGGAGUCGAGGCUGCGCCGAUGGCCCUGAUUGAAGCCGGACUUCUCACUCAGCUCAAGGACGACCUGGACUACGAAAUCCACCAUGACGACACGGUGCAUUUCUACGAGAACCUCAUCCCCGCCGAGGACCCAGACCAUCGCGGGAUGAAGAAGCCGCGCGCCGUGAGCGCGGUGACGGAGCGGUUGAGCCAGCAGGUGUACGAACACGCGCGCGAGGGCAAGUUCGUGCUCACCCUCGGUGGCGACCACUCGAUCGCGAUCGGGACCGUCUCGGGGACCGCCAAGGCGAUCCGCGAGCGGCUGGGCCGCGAGAUGGCCGUCAUCUGGGUCGACGCCCACGCCGACCUGAACACCCCGGAGAUGAGCCCCAGCGGGAACAUCCACGGCAUGCCCAUGGCCUUUCUGACCCGCCUGGCGCGCGAAGACCGCCGCGACAUCUUCGGCUGGCUGCAGGACGAGCACACGAUCAACCUGCGCAAGCUCGUCUACAUUGGUCUGCGUGAUGUCGACCGCGGCGAGAAGCAGCUGCUGCGUGAGCACGGCAUCAAGGCGUUCAGCAUGCAUGAUGUCGACAGAUAUGGUAUCGGCAAGGUGGUCGAGAUGGCUCUGGCCCAUAUCGGCAACGACACGCCGAUCCACCUGUCCUUUGACGUCGACGGUCUGGACCCCCAGUGGGCGCCCAGCACAGGAACCCCCGUGCGUGGCGGACUGACCCUGCGGGAGGGCGACUUCAUCUGCGAAUGCGUCCACGAGACAGGCAACCUGAUCGCCAUGGAUCUCGUCGAGGUCAACCCAAGCCUGGAGAGCCUGGGGGCCUCGGAGACCAUCCGCGCAGGCUGCUCCUUGGUCCGCAGUGCAUUGGGAGAUACCCUUCUCUAGUUGCUAUGACUUUAUGCUUUAUGAUAGAUCAACAGCGGGUUCUCAGGGAUGAUAAUACACAUCUAAUCCCGUUGAUACAGAAUACAUUUACCUCUCUAGACUGGGAACUUGAGAUACUAGAAUAUAGCAGUGAUAACAGCUGCCUAGUACUGCUGCAUAAGACUUGAUAUCCAAAGGCAGUCGUAGAAUUGACUAGUUGUUUUUGAUAUUUGUUAUAAGAGCAUCAAGC